CGCCGAGGCCCCGCUGCUGCCGGAGCCACCGGCCGGCCCGAGGAGGAGGAGAAAGAGGAAGAAGAUCCCGGGGGGACGCUGAAAGAAGACCAACUUCUUGGACGCUCUAUGGCGAGAUGCAUCUUUGACAUGGGUUAUGUGUUUGGUUGUCUUCUGCAACCUGAGGCAACAGUGUGUGUGCUACGUAUGAUAGAAGAAUUAAUUGUGGGAAGAGACAAGGUGAAUGGCUACAUCGCAAUAAGAAGCUGGCUUAAAUAUGUUUGUAUUUCAUGCCAGUAAUCCAAGGCUGGGAAAGCCUAGUAGCCCAACAGUCAAAAAAUUGUUUUUUUUAAAAACCCAGUUCAAAAAGACAAGUAGUCAAUGUAUAUUUUACUAUGUGUUCCCUGAUUAUUUAGCACUGAAUCUUUUAUUACACUGAAAUCAUGGUCUGAGGAUUGGUAGACAACGCUCCCCUCCAUCCCCAGCACAAAACUAACAACUAAAGACUGUGUCAAGAUGACCUCUGAGGAAAUGACAGCGUCUGUUCUCGUCUCUGUGGUACAGGGUAAAGUGAUACCUGCUCAGUCAGCUGGAGAUGAAAAUACUGAAAAUGCUUUGGACACCAGUGUUAUAAAAAGACAUACUGCCAGUCCGGGAAGGCAAACCACACAUGCUCUCUCAUACUUACACAGACUUGAAGAAGAAAGUCUUCAGGGCUCUGUGCCCAAAAUAUUCUCUCUGGCGAAAGAACAACUGACUAAUGACAAUAGUAAUGAAAAAUUCUGGGAGAGAAACAGCUCCAUACCUGAUUCAGUGGAAUUUCUUAAUAUUAACUGUAACAUUGUACAGAAAAACUACAAGAGCAAUAUCCCAUGCAGCCAGUUGUAUAAAUCUCAUGAUCCUUUAGCAGGGAGAGAGGCAUGCCUGGAAACUGGAAUUCCUGUUUCACUGGAAAGAGCCAUGCUUGCUGAAAUUCAGUUGAAAAUGAAUGGACCUUCGGUAAGAAGCCAAACAGCAAUAGAUAAGAAUGAUAGCAGUGAUACUGAUAAAGUGGCCUUUUUUCACUUUCAUUGUGCUAGUGAAAGGAAUAUAUCAAAGGCUUUGUGCAGUUUACACAGCAGCUUCAUUUUGGAUGACUGCUUGCAGCCAGUAAGUGUUGGCAAUGGUAACACCACUGGUUCCCCAUCCAGCACUUGCAGACUAUUGGAGUUGACAGAUAAUUGUGAGAAUGAAAAUGGGCAGCAGUUGUAUGAAGACACUUUAAGGGAUAAGUAUCUAUGUCUGGAAAGAGCACCGCGAAAGGUUAAAGUGGCAUGCUUAGGUCACAACUUCUGUGGAAAUAACUUUACUGGAAGAAUGCCCUCAAAGCCCUUUCUGAGCCAUUUUGAUAACUGUGAAGAAGAGAUGGAAGAGGAUUUUUUUAGAAACAAAAAAGAACGUUCUACUUUAUUAAUAAGACGUUUCUGUAAAAAUGAUAAAGAGGUUAAAAAAUCAGUUUAUACUGGAACGAGAGCAAUUGUUAGGACUUUACCUUCAGGGCACAUAGGAACCUUUGCUUGGAAUUACGUUGAGCAAAGGAGAAACAGCAGUGGCUUGAAGCUUUCCAGGAUUACCACAGAACAGCUAACUAUAAUUCAGUCCUUAAUAAAAUGGGAAUUCAAUUCCUUUCUUGAGAAGUCUUUGUGGUAUGAGAUCUUCAAUACAGUGAGAGGAGAAGAAGAAGGAGCAGAAGAUAUUUUUGAAUAUUUUCCUCAUCUUCUGAGAAAGCUCCCAACGUUUGAUAGAGACUGUAUCUGCAAAAAUGAGGGGUUUUGUGUAAAACCAUGUGUAACAGGUGCUUACUGUCAAUACCGCGCCACUUCACAGAGGACUGCACUCUCUGACUAUAUAACUGGUGCUUUACUAGAAGCAACUACAUCAUUAGGAGCAAGAAGCGGUCUUUUAAGUAUCUUUGGAGGAUCAACUGGAAGAACAAUGCUUAAAGAACGUCAAGCGUGUACCUCUAUGGCUGGCUCCAGCGUCCUUCCCUCCAAUGUGGCUGGUAUCAGCAAAGAGCUGAUCGAACUGCAGCACCUCAUCCAGUUCCCGGAGGAGGUUGCCAGCAUUCUGACCGAGCAGGAGCAGGAGCUCUACCGGAAGGUCUUACCCAUUGACUACCUCUGCUUUUUAACCAGGGAUUUGGGUAAUGCUGAAUGUCAAAGCAAGCUACCAUCUAUUAAAGCUUCCAUAUCUGCUACUAUUCUUUCUUCCCCAAAUGGUGAACAUAAUGCUGUAGAAGAUCUUGUGACAAGGUUUAAUGAGGUGAGCUUGUGGGUUACCUGGCUGAUCCUGACUGCAGGUUCUAUGGAGGAAAAACGAGAAGUCUUCUCAUAUUUAGUACAUGUGGCGAAAUGCUGCUGGAAUAUGGGCAACUACAAUGCUGUCAUGGAAUUUCUGGCAGGACUGAGGUCAAGAAAAGUUUUAAAAAUGUGGCAAUUUAUGGACCAGUCUGAUAUUGAAACCAUGCGAAGUCUGAAAGAUGCUAUGGCACAACAUGAGUCAUCAUCUGAAUACAAGAAAGUGGUCAACCGGGCACUCAAUAUUCCAGGCUGUAAAGUUGUUCCUUUCUGUGGUGUAUUUUUAAAAGAGCUUUGUGAAGUUUUGGAUGGAGCAUCAAGCCUCCUCAGACUCUGUCCACGAUAUAAUUCCCAGGAUGAAACACUAGAGUUUGUUUCAGAUUACAGUGGACAAGAUAAUUUCUUGCAACGAGUAGGCCAAGAUGGUUUAAAUAAUCCAGAAAAAGAAUCAACAGCAAACAGUAUCUUUCAAACUAUUCGGAGCUGCAAUCGCAGUUUGGAAUCUGAAGAGGGUGAAGACAAUUUUAGUGAAGGGAGCAAUUCAAGAAAAAACUCUUUCAAGGACAAAAACCGCUACCAAUUUAUAAUUGGAGAUCUUUCAGAUUCUGAAAGCGAUAUAUUUGAGCAGGUGAAGGACUGGGACACAAACUCAACAGAAGAGCAACAAAAGGCUUUCUGCCACGGGAUCGAACUCAUUCCCUGGUACGUGUUAUCCAUCAGGGCUGAUGUCCAUCAGUUCAUGCAACAAGGGGCAACCGUCAUUCAUUAUGACCAGGAGACACAUCUCUCAGCGCGUUGCUUUCUUCAACUUCAGCCUGACAACAGUACUUUGACUUGGACAAAACCCACAACGGUUGGCCCUGCCAAUGCUAAGGCAAAACUGAGUGUUCUGGGUAGUACUGCUGAGCUGGGUAAAUACCAGUUUCUUGGAAAUACUGGAUUGGUGGAAGGUUUUUUGGACUUGUUUUCAACCAAGGCUGUAUAUAUGGGACACUCUGGCAUUGAUAUGCACACUGUGUGUGUUCAGAAUAAACUUUGUAAUAUGUCCCUUGAAGAAAAUGGUAUAACACUACUUUAUGGACUUCAGACUACUGAUAAUAAGUUGCUGCACUUUGUUGCUCCAAAAUAUACUGCCAGAAUGCUAUAUGAUGGAUUGCUGGAAUUGACUAGAGCGGUAAGAAAAAUGAGGAGAUUCCCUGAUCAAAGACUACAGUGGCUACGGAAACAGUAUGUCAGCCUUUACCAGGAGGAUGGAAGGUUUGAAGGCCCAACCUUGGCUCAGGCUGUUGAGCUGUUUGGAGGCAGACGAUGGAGUGCAAGAAACACAAGCACAGGAACUCUCACCAAAAGCACUGAGAAACCCAGUGUACAGAGAAACAACACUCUGGGAAUAAGCACAGCUAAGAAAAAGAAGAAAGUCCUCAUGAGGGGUGAAAGUGGAGAGGCCACUGAUGAUGAAAUGGCAACUCGGAAGGCAAAAAGCAGUAAGGAAUAUCAUAAUAGAAGUAGUUCGGAUCCUCAAGAUAUUGAUGAACAAGAAGAACCAGAUCAAAAUAUUAUUAUUAAUGCGUCUCCAUCUAACACCCUGCCAUCAAGAAGAGCUCACUCUCUGACAGCAUCUGGAUCUCCUAAAUUAGGAGCUACAACAUCUUCACCAGCAAGACCAGUCUCCUCUCCUGUAAUGUCUUCAAGCAAGAGUCAGUCUAGCACAUGGAGCAGCAGUAGCUGGCAUGGCCGUGUCAAAGGAGGAAUGAAGGGGUUUCAGAACUUCAUGGUGUCUGAUAGUAACAUGACUUUUGUGGAAUUUGUAGAGCUCUUCAAAUCUUUCAGUGUCCGCAGCCGAAAGGAUCUGAAAGACCUUUUCGAUGUCUAUGCUGUGCCUUGCAAUCGAUCCAGUUUGGAGCCUGCUCCACUUUACACGAAUUUGAAGAUUGAUGAAAACAGCAGUGGAUUUCAGCCUGAUUUAGAUUUGUUGACUAGGAAUGUUUCAGACCUUGGUUUGUUCAUUAAGAGCAGGCAGCAACUAUCAGACAACCAGAGGCAAAUAUCUGAUGCUAUUGCUGCUGCCAGUAUUGUAACCAAUGGUACUGGAGUUGAAAGCGCAUCGCUGGGAGUAUUUGGAGUGGGAAUCCAGCAGCUAAAUGACUUCCUAGUGAAUUGCCAGGGAGAACACUGCACCUAUGAUGAAAUCCUCAGUAUUAUCCAGAAAUUUGAACCCAGUGUGAGUAUGUGCCAGCAGGGGCUGCUAUCUUUUGAAGGAUUUGCAAGAUUUCUGAUGGAUAAAGACAACUUUGCCUCCAAAAAUGAUGAGUCACAAGCAAAUGCUGAGGACUUGAACUUUCCACUGUCAUAUUACUACAUAGAAUCUUCACACAAUACUUACCUUACUGGCCAUCAGCUUAAAGGGGAGUCCUCAGUAGAGCUCUACAGCCAGGUUCUUUUACAAGGCUGCAGAAGUGUAGAACUAGACUGCUGGGAUGGCGAUGAUGGGAUGCCUAUCAUUUAUCAUGGGCACACUCUUACUACUAAGAUCUCUUUUAAGGAGGUAGUUGAAGCUAUUGAUCGCAAUGCAUUUAUCACCUCCGACAUGCCAAUUAUCAUAUCAAUAGAGAACCACUGUUCGUUGCCUCAGCAGCGCAAGAUGGCUGAGAUUUUCAAGAAUGUAUUUGGAGAUAAGCUGGUAACCAAGUUUUUAUUUGAGAGUGACUUUUCUGAUGAUCCCAUGCUUCCUUCACCUGGCCAACUGAAAAGAAAAAUACUGCUUAAAAACAAGAAGCUGAAAGCCCAUCAAACACCAGUGGAUAUAUUGAAACAGAAGGCUCACCAGCUGGCGCAUAUGCAAGCGCAGGCUAGCAAUGGUGCUAGCAACGCCACACCUACCAAUGAAGAGGAAGAAGAUGAAGAGGAUGAAUACGACUAUGACUACGAAUCUCUCUCUGAUGCUGAUGUCCUUAAUGCUUCUCCUGCUCCUAACAGCCAGGAAGAUAAUAUUCUUGAAGACCGACCUGAGAAUAAAUUAUCAAGUGAUAAACUGCAGUUUGAAUAUAAUGAAGAGACUGCCAAACGAAUAAAGAAGGCUGAUUGUGCUACCUACAAUAAUAAAGGAAAGGUGUACGAUAUGGAGCUGGGUGAAGAAUUCUACCUUCUGCAAAAUAAGAAGGAAAGCAGACAGAUAGCCCCGGAGCUAUCAGAUCUUGUCAUUUACUGUCAAGCCGUAAAGUUCCCGGGCUUGUCAACUCUAAACCCAUCUGGCUCUAGCAGAGGAAAAGAAAGAAAAAGCAGGAAGUCCAUUUUUGGCAACAAUCCUGGCAGGCUGAGCCCUGGGGAGUCAGCUACUCUUGCCAAAGCAUCUGGAAAAGGCCCUUUUGACGUGAUGCGGCAGACCUGGGAAGAUCCUUGCUCUCCUUACAACUCUCCAGCGUCUCUCAGUGCUAUCAUAAGGACGCCCAAGUGCUAUCAUAUCUCCUCCCUGAACGAGAACGCUGCCAAGCGGCUGUGCAGGCGGUACUCCCAGAAGCUGAUCCAGCACACCACCUGCCAGCUCCUGAGGACCUACCCUGCUGCCACACGCAUUGACUCCUCAAAUCCCCAUCCGCUGAUCUUCUGGCUCCAUGGCGUACAGCUUGUGGCCCUUAACUACCAAACAGAUGAUCUUCCUCUGCAACUUAAUGCAGCGAUGUUUGAGGCUAAUGGGGGCUGUGGAUAUGUUUUGAAACCUCCUGUUUUGUGGGAUAAAAAUUGCUCCAUGUACCAGCAGUUUUGUCCGUUAGAAAGAGACCUCGAUAGUAAGGAGCCAGCUAUAUAUUCUUUAACAAUCGUGUCCGGACAGAACGUCUGCCCCAGCAAUAGCACGGGCAGUCCGUGCAUUGAAAUCGACGUGCUGGGGAUGCCUCUGGACGGCUGCCAUUUCCGGACAAAGCCCAUUCAUCGCAACACUCUCAACCCCAUGUGGAAUGAACAGUUCCUUUUCCGGGUUCACUUCGAAGAUUUGGUCUUUCUUCGGUUCGCGGUUGUUGAAAAUAACAGCUCAGCUGUAACAGCUCAGAGAAUCGUUCCCCUAAAAGCUCUAAAAAGAGGCUAUAGACACGUCCAGCUCCAUAACCUGCACAAUGAAGCAUUAGAAAUCUCUAGUUUGUUCAUAAACAGUCGGAGAAUGGAAGAAAUUCCCUCUGGAAACACUCUGCCUGCAUCCAUGUUGUUUAGCGUGGGGGAAAGGAAAGCCCCUGCGACUUACAAAGUGACGAUUCAUGGAAUUCCAGGCCCGGAACCUUUCACUGUUUUUAACGUAGGCGGGGGGACCACGGCCGCACAGCUUCUCCAUCAGAUCUUGGCUACCACAAAAGGCACCGAGUCAUGUGCUGCAGACUAUUUUCUGAUGGAAGAGAAAAGUUUUAUAUCUAAAGAAAAGAGUGAAUGCCGAAAACCACCAUUCCAGAGAGUGAUUGGUCCUGAGGAAGGGCUAGUGCAGCUUUUGAACAGUUGGUUCCCAGAAGAAGGAUAUGUUGGAAGGAUUAUCUUUAAAAGCCGAGAGGAAAAUUUAAACGAGAGAAAUGUCUUUCAAGAAGCAAAGGAAGAUGCAGCCAUCAGCUCUGAGGAUGACAGUUUCUUUGUUCAGGUACAUGAUGUCUCCCCAGAGCAGCCACGCACCGUCAUCAAAGCUCCCCGCUUCAGCACAGCUCAGGAUGUCAUACAGCAGACUCUCUGCAAAGCCAAAUACUCCUACAGCAUUUUGAGCAAUCCAAAUCCAAGUGAUUACGUGCUGUUGGAAGAGGUGACGAAAGAGCCGGCAAACAAGAAGUCCUCAGCAUCUAAACCAUCUCAGAGGAUUCUCUCUGAUCAAGAGUGUGUGUUUCAGGCCCAAAGCAAGUGGAAGGGAGCAGGAAAAUUUAUCCUCAAACUCAAAGAACAGGUUCAGGCAGCACGAGAUGACAAAAGAAAAGGCAUUUCCUUUACCAGUGAACUCAAGAAGUUAACCAAGUCAAGUAAGCAGUACCGGGGGUUCAUAUCGCCACCGCUGCAGGUCUUGCCGGACACCCUGCAGGGCAAGGAUGAGAGGGCUGCGUGCAGUUUGACUUUUAGUGACGUUGUGGAAUAAUACCCAUCACUGCCUACCUACAGCAUGGUCUGUUCAGGUACGAUAGUCAGUCAUUCUAACGCUGAGCAAUCGUUUAACACCCGGUUUAGAGUAUUUUUUCUCCAAGUUGUAGUUGCUUAAGCCGUAGUGAGGUACGAGGGACUGACAGAAGGAGCCAUAACAGCCUUAGACGUUGGUGCGCACAGACACAGCAAGAUCAGUAAGGUCUCCAGUUAUUUAUUAUGGCAUUUGCACAGUGGAGCAGCAUGGUGUGACGCCUGGAGCCACUUCCUUUGCCCAUUUGAAAAACAAAACCAAAACGUCGCAUCCUGGUUGAUUUUAUAGUAUGCAUUUUACUCAACUAACUGUGCUUAAAUAACGAUGUCCUGUUACUCUUGCUCUGGGCCAAAGCAAACAGAAGUAGCCAGUAGAGCUUUUGGUAUUCUCUAUUACAGGCAUAUAAUAUAAUCAUCAGAAUUGACCAUCUGCUUUUUAGAUAAAACAAGUUUAUAGUGUUAAUUUCUCUCUGUGGAAAUUUUGUCAGAAAUGUUUGAACAUUUUUACUACCCUGUCUGUAUCCAAUUUCUUCCAUCUUGCUUGAUCAAAAACAACAAAUGAAGCCGCAAGGUAAGACCGUCUCACAUAUAUGAAGACAGUAUGUGUAACUUGUGCACCGAGGCGCACUCACCAGGCGUUUGCGUAGGGCAACUGUAGCGCUGAGGUACCACCUGGGAAGUUACAGCUCUUCGUAAACGAAGAAUAAAUCUUUGUCAGUGUUGAUAAUCCCAUCUCGCAUAGGGCCAAUUUCAUAUUAUGGUUUUCUUUCCACAUACACCUAAUUAUUAACGCAUUAUUUGAUGUACACUGUCAACCUACUGCUAAAUCAUUACAUUAACAGAAUUUAAGUAAUAUUUUCAUUUGCAAAAUAUUUCAAAUAUGAAGGUACAAAUUUAUCUCUAGGCUACUAUAAAACCCUACAUCAUCAAAACAAUCUGAACUCAAGAAAAGCAGGAACGAGCCCAGCCACGUUCCCUCCUCUUCUGCAUUUGUUCUUUCCUUUUUUGAAAACUGGAAUUUACAUCACUGCAUCCUUCUGCAGCGCCUUUGAAGGAACCUGCUGCAGCCUGAACUGGUCAGCAAUUGUGUGCCCUGUGCUGCAGGUGCUUAACCCGGGCAAUGCUGCUGGAUUAACAUCCAGGAUGUGGGAAUCCCAGGUGGGAUGUUGUAGAUUGGAAGGAUGCCUGUCAGCUAGCGAAGAUUCUCCUCUUCCCGUAUCUUCACACCUGCAGAUUCUCGAUAGGCGGACGAAGAAGUUUCCUUGGACUGUAUGUUGUAAGCAAUCACGUGUCGUCGACCUCCCCUUUUUAAACACAAGAUAAUUUUAGCUAGUUGCCUCUAGGGAAGCUGAAGGCAGAGAACCAGAGUGUUCUUUUACGUGUAUUAUAUUAAAAUAAUGCACUUUUACCUGAAGAUUUCUGUUGAACACUGUGUUAAGUGAUUGUAAAGAGAUUUAAAUAUACUGUAACUUCCUUCGCGUAGCUGUUUAACUUUGGUGAAUAUACACAAAACGCUUGAAUUAUUUAUGUUUUAUCUACUUUAACAAAAUAAUGUACAAUAGCUAACUAGACCUAACUGGUAGUGAUACUUUGACAAGGAACAUUUUCUUCUUGUAAAUUCUAGUUUUCCAGGCCUGUGUUUAAAAAGAAUAUUUAUUAUCAUGUUCCAAAGUACAUGCCAUUGUACAAUAUAUUUAUCGGAUACUACUACUUAGAAAAUGCAGAAUUUUUACCUCUCUGUGGAUUUAGAUGAAAAAAUAGUUUGAACCUCUCUGGUUGUUUCUUGUCAGCACAAAAUGUUUAAUACCUAAACCUGACCAAACUCAAAAUAUUAUUACAUUAUUACAUUGAUAAAUGUAAUAAACAUUUCAAAAUUUUGAAUUCAAAAAUAACAUUUUUUCCAUGCAGUCAGGAAAUGUCUUUUUACUUGUCUGCUAGACCCAGAGAGUAUGAAGAACUCUUACUCUCCAACUCCUGACGUUUUUGUUUACACAGAAACACUGUUCUAAAGUUUUGUGUUUGCUGAAUUCAUCUUUUGAUUUAAGUUAGUUUUGGUUCGCUCCUUUUUUCUCUGUGGGAGUUACUGGCGUGCUUCAUUAGUUAAAACAAGCCGUACCAAUUUACAGGGGCACAAAUGAAACAACUGGUGCAAUGAGUCAUCCCUCUGCUUUCCCACAUGCAGUGUAUCUGUGGUGAAUAAAUGGCUCUGCACGCCUUUUGUCUCCCUGGGGCAAGCCCUGAACAAAGCAUUUCAGUUACCUGGUGUGACUAAAUCAAGAAAUCCAUUAAAUUCGGCAGUGAUUCAGGCACUCAGUUAUUCCACAUCAACUUUAGCACUCGAGCACAAAAUGCCGCUGCUUCCAAGAGAGAAGCUGCAUCAGGCAAGGGUAAAAACGGCCCUGUAACUAAAAUGAGGUUUGCUUUCGAUGAUAGUGCAAGGGUGAAAGGGAAAGAUGUUGCAGGCAGCAGGCCCAUGACAACCAACACCCCACCCCACCCAAUAAUCAGAAAAUGAAAUAAAAGAAAGCAAAGUCAUUACCUGGCUUAUAAACAAGCAGACAGAACCUGCAUUCUGUCACCAGAAGCUACGAAGUCUUUCACGAUACACUACAGAAAAUUCCUAUAAACUAGCCAUUGCCAAAGCAGAAAAGUGCCCUCUUGAGGUAAUGUCCAGCUUCCAGGGAACAUAACCAGACACACACACACAAAAGUCAAAUUUCCCUGUGGCGUAUCCUCGCCGAGACCAUGCACGGCCCACCGCUUGUCAUCAACUGAUGCAGCAAAACGGCAUUUUGCAGUUCAGCAAUCACAAGCCACUUCAAAACCCACGCGCCUCCAGCUCGGCCUGGCGGCUCGCGGGCGGCCCCGGAAGGCGGCGGUGCGCGCGCCUACCCCGCACCCGAGCGAUGGGUUAGACGUGACACCUUACACACCGCGUGACUGCGUGGUUUGCUUCGGAAUUACUGGGAAAUACUUACAUCAACCUAUUGCACAAGCCAACUAAUGCAACUUUUUAAAUUUAUUUAUUUUAAUUUCAGUCUCUCUGUUAUUCUAAUGCAGCAGCAGGUUCCUAUCACAAAGACUUUUUUCUUUCAAUGUUCUUAUGACAUUUUUAGAAACAGUACUUACCUUCCCAGAGAGGCUGCCCUUACCUAUUUGGUGCCUUUUUUUUUUUGUUAUAUUCAACAGCACUGAAAAUAAAAUUCUUUUAACAUCACCAGUACCACAGUAGUCUGAAAGAUACACUUGCUAAUGCAUUAGAGUCACCAUAGAAGGUUAGUUAUUACACCCAUGGUGUCAUCCCCUGCUGGCCUUCUGUCACAGAGAUUUAAAAAGCAAAAAAAACCUUGGGAAACAAAGGGACGACAGUAGCUGUGUCACACUGUGCAACGCGGGGCCAACACCAACCUGCAGCCUAGUGGCAAUUUAAAAAUUACUUUUGUGCUAUUUCUACUAACACAAUAAUUUUCUAGCUGUGGGACUCGGUUAUUAACAUAAGUAUCUUCCCCAACAAUCGGGGCCUAAAGCGUUGGCUGCUGUUCAUCAGUGUGAAAGAGAACAGCAAAAUAUUUGGCUUUCUGUUAGAAAUGCCUCAACUUUGUAAGCAUGUAGCCAUAACACCGUACCAGGAGUCUCACUGAUGUCUAUGUAUCACUUAAUUUUUCAAGUUUAGGUAUUGGUAAGGGUCAGAGUAAAUUUUUGUGGGUGCCAUGUGGUACCUUUUGGGGUGAGGUUGGAAAGUAGUACAGUAGCCUUCCAUUUGUGUUGGUUCCAAAUAGCCCAAUAAUGACGCUACAGCCCCACUUGAUGCAUUAAAUGGGGCAGAGUGAGUGUGUGUCUCUGUGUCUGUGUGUGUUAACUCUCAUGAAAGCCCAGUUAGACAGAUUUCUUGCGCUGAGUUAUUACUCUAAUAGGAAAGUUUUUAUUCUGCUUAGCCACAGGUUUUCUUUCUGCAGGAAUACCUGUCCACACGUUCCUAUGACAAGACUGACAUAAUAACUUUGUGCUUUUGGCUGGGCAUGGACAUCAAUUAGGAAAAGACAUUCAUUUUUACAUUACACACUAUUUACAGGAAGCAGCUUCCAGGAUAAAGUUUGAAAGAAAGGAAUGUAAAUAAUCAACACCUUCCAGAACCACGCAGUCGCCGAGUGGUGGCAGGCCUCACGCGGAACAGUUUACAGGCGGAAAGCUCACGCUCUGCUGCCUAUUGGCAAAAAUACAGGAGUAUUUUAUUCUAUACUAUUUUCAAAUCACUUUUCUACCAAUUUAUUAUAUUUUCCUUGCAUAGCACGUGCUGCCUGCAGUGGCGUGAGUAUAUGGGACAACAGCUGGGCAGCCACGGAUGCUGGCUGCGUUGCAGCAUACGCAGUUUGCAGGCACUGGGGCACGCCAGGAGGGACUUCCUACCGCCUGAAGGGUUUCCUGUGUCUGUCUUACUAAUCCCAAGUUUAGCAGUUAGAAGAACAAAAAAUCCUAUGUCAGUUUUAAUUUUUAAAACUGAAUCACUUUUUUUUUUUUGCUACAAAUAUUACUAGAUGAGGUAUCAACAGCCAUCUUUAGAAAGCCAUCUGCUUCCAGAAAUCACGUGCUUUCAAGAAUUAAAGACUUUAACAUGGAACUAUAUAAAUGUUUCAAGAACACGUUCUCUUAAAUUCAUAGUUUGCCUUUAAAAAAGAAGAACUUGCUGGUAGCUUUACAUUUCAGUGAAAGGUUGAUUCUGCAUCUUCUGAAACAGACCUGUUGGUUUUUAACCACUGGCUGUUAGUAGUCCACUAUAAAACUCAGUUUAUUUUUAGGGUAGCCCACUAAAUGUAGCAAUGGUGGAGUCUUUCCUGUUUCUGAUAAAUAUUUUGUAACUUCAAUAGCAAUAGAGAUUUGGCAGAGUCAGCAAAUUAAACACAACAAUCAAGAGCAGUAAAGAGAUUUCGCUCCAAUACACGUAUAGGAUAUUUCAGAAUGACUGAGUUGUACAGUGUCUUCCUCUGCCUCUUCAAGCAUGUCAAAGUAUUCUGACAACGCAACAUCACUUUGUGCCAGUCUUUAGAUCAUUUGGAAACUAUAUAAAAUGAACAAUUUUAGAAGUGACUUUUCCACCUGGACUAUUUUCUCUCUGCUGACUUGAAGAAUAAACUUGUAUUUGUAUAUGUUGUAAACGUAAUAAAUGGUUUAAGAUGUU